AUGAUCCUCUCCGACCUCCCGGACGACAUCCUAAUCCCCAUCCUCCAAAACAUCCGCCUCAACGACCUCUUCGCCUUGCGCCUAACCUCCCAAAGCACCCUCGCCGUCAUCGACACCUACAUCACUGCCAUCGCGCCCCACGUCGCCCACCACACAUUCCCCAACUGCCCCCUCCUCCUCACCCACUCGCCCACCCACCCCACCCCCUCCCUCCGCUGGCUCAAAUCCCUUAUCCCUGCCCAGCUCGCCGCCAUCGCCCUUGACAAGGACAAGCUGCGCCGCUACCCCUACCUCACCGCCGGCUUCCCCUACGGCAUCCCCUCGACCGCCCCGCACGCCCUCGCGCGCCACUGGCGCCGCCGCGUCGCGAAUGGCUGGCGCGUGCUGCAGCGCCUGCACCUCGUCUCCGCGCGCGCGUACGCCGCGCCGCCGCACGCCGCUGGGCGGUUAUCGAAACUCGGAGCCGCGGUGCGGUGCAACCGGCUGGGGAUGCUCGUCGCGUGCCCGUACCAGGCGUGCAAGGAGCACGCGGCGUCGCGCGUGUUUUCGGGCGCGUACUGGAAGGGGAGUGAUGCGUAUCUGGACGCGGUGCGGCGGCGGGAGGAGGUGGUGUUGAAGGAGCGGGUGAGGUUGGUGAAGGGGCUGGCAGAUGCCGAGUGUGAGGAUUAUGUAUUUGUGUGGCGGUUGUUGCUGUGGGUGUUUAGGCCGUAUGGGAGGCCCGGGGAAGAGGAGGGGAAGGGGAUGGAGGGGGAGGAGGAGGAGGGGGAGGAGGGGGGCCAUAAUUGGCAGGCGGAGAUUAGUAAUAUCUCGAAUGGGUGCUCGUGGUUGAAUUGGUGGGUGUUGCAUGCGGGUGCGGACGUGUUUUGGAGGCAGUGGUGGAGUGAGAGGAGGCCGAAUUUGGUGAGGGAUGAGGUGUGGCGGGAUUGGCGGGAGCGGACGCAUCAUCAGGUUGAGUUGGAGAAGGAGUAUGUGGCGAAGUUCGAGUUUGCGGUGCGGAAGCGGUGCUUGUCAGUGGAGAGGCGAACGAGGUUGGAACAAGAAGAGUGGAGGGAAAGUCAAAAUGGAAGAGGAAGGGUGGUGAAGACAAUUAGUCUGGACUGUAUAUCAUGGGAGUAUGAUCAGAAUCCGAUUAUUUACCGGCCCCCGAAGGAUUUUCCUUGGUACCCGAGUGGAACCUGGCUUUGGCUGGAUAGGUAUGUCUGGAUGAUAGUUCCGCACGGAACACCGAUGGUCGUCGAACCGGUGGGGUUGUAUGGUCAUUUGGAGUCUCCGCUAUUGAAUGACGGUCAUGGAAGGGGUCCGGGAAGGGUGGAAGAUCCGUUGAUAAGGAUCCCGUAUUUAGUUUAUCUUGACACUAAGGAAGCGGCGGAAGUUUGGGGCAGCAGUGGUAGUGGUACAGGACACUCGCUCCAGUGGAUCUUUUGA